CCAGCUAUCAUAUUAUCUACAUCAGUCGGCCGACUCGGUUUGAAGUGAUCACUUUCUUCGUCGAAUCAUUACACAGACCACGUUCAAUAUGAAGACGCUGGUGGUGUUAUUCGUGUUUGCUGCAGUGGCUCAUGCCUCUAUCCUGCCUCUGGCUCAACCGGCUCACCAUCCCGCAGUGGUGGUAGAUGCAAGAGGACGCCCCCUGGACACCGCAGAAGUCAUCGAGGCUCGUGCGUUGCACUUGCAAGCUAAAGCUUUAGAAGCGCACCACGCUCCAGUGGUUGCUGCCGUGGCUGUCCCCUCUGUGGUCGCCGCCCCUGCCGCCGUCUCCCAUCAGUCACGCGUUGAUGUGCACAGCAGCCCCGCCAUAGUGAGCCACGCUGUCGCUGCCCCUGUGAUCGCCCACGCCGCUCCUGUGCUCAUACAUGCCGCUGCCCCAGUUUUGGCUCACUCCGCUCUGGCUCACGUUGGACAUGGACAUUAUUUGAAGAAGCGAUCCUUGAGUCAUGUGGCUUAUUCCGUGCCUGCUAUUGCCCCCGCUGCCGUAUCCCACCAAUCUCGCGUGGAUGUGAUCUCCAGCCCCGCUGUGGUAUCCCACGUUGUUGCCGCUCCCGUCGUAGCUCACGCCGUCGCCGCGCCCGUGGUUGCACACGCUAUUGCUCCCGCUGCCGUCUCCCACCAAUCACGCGUAGAUGUUCGCGUCAGCCCUGCCGUGGUUGCCCAUGCGCCUGUGGCCGUGUCUCACGCUGUAGUGGCUGGACCUGUUUACGGCGUCCAUGCUCUUUCUCAUGGUCACCUGCUGAAGAAGCGAUCCCUCGCUGCGGUCGUCGCCCCCGUCGUGCACGCCGUUCCCGCUGCCGUUUCUCACCAGUCGCGCGUUGAUGUGAUCUCGGAGCCGGCUGUGGUGGCUCACGCCGCCCCCGUCGCCGUGGCUCAUGUUGUUCCCGCCGUGGUAGCCGCACCUGCCGCUGUCUCCCAUCAGUCUCGCGUGGACGUCGUCUCAGCUGCACAUGUAGCCCCCCUGGCCCACUCUGCUGUGUGGACCGCACCCGUUGCCCAUCUGAGCCAUGCUGGAUUAGUCAAAGCCGCCCUGUGGUAAAACGAUUGUGAUUCGACGAACAUUGUAGUGUUCGUUUUAAUAGUAUUAUUGAAAUGAAUAGACAAUAAAAAUAUUUAUAACAACA